AUGGCGGCGCCGGUGUCGGUGCGGGCAGCCAAGGCCGUGACGCGGCGCAUCCAGGCCUGCGGCAGCGCAGACGAUCUGGCAGCCCUGCUGGCGCGCAGCCGGCGCGACAUCAACCCCAUCCACACCGCCGCCGCUCUGACACUGCUGGUGCGUCUGCAGGCGCAGGGGCACGUGCCUCGGCAAGGAGGUGGUGUUGACGCGGGACGACCACCCUGGCAGCAGGAACCGCCAGACUCUGCACUGCAGGCGCAACAGCCAGAGCCGUACCAUGCGUCAGCCCCAGACGGUGGCCAUCAGCAGGAUAAGCAGCAGCAGCAGCAACAGCAGCAGGACGCAGAGCGCCUGUCAGGGCCUGAGGCACACCACCAUCACAGCGGCGGCGCAGGUAAUCACAGCACGCCGCUGGGUGCAGCAGCCCUGGGUGGGACAGCGGCAGGCGCAGUGGAGCGCGUUACGCAGCUGUGCCUGGCCAACCUGGCGGCAUCCGGGCCAGCCGCCGCCGCAGAGGCGGCCGCCGCUUUUGGGCCCAGGGAACUGAGCACGGUCCUCUGGGCGCUCGCGCGCCUGGACGUGACGCCGCCGCCGGGCGCGUGGCCGCCGCUGCUGGAGCGCCUGCUGGUGCUGGCGCAGGGCGGCGUGCUCUCCCCCCGCGAUGCGUCGACGGCGGUGUGGGCGCUCGGCCGCCUCCAGCUGCCUGCUGCGUCGCCGCUAAAGGGCGGGUGGCUGCCGGAGCUGCUGGCUGCGCUGCUACCGGCCGUGGCCGCCUACCCGCCGCGCUCGCUGCUGGUGCUAAUGCUGGGCCUCGCACGUCUUGGGGCAGCGCCGCUGGGGCCCUCUGAGUCGGCGCGCCUGCUGGCCGCCAGCGGCGCAGCGCUGGGCUCCCUCCGAGGCCGCGAGCUGACUCUCGCGCUGUGGGCGACCGCUGCGGCGCUGCAGCUGCGGCCGCCGGCUGACUGGAUGGCCGCAUGGCUGCGCGCCGCGAUGAGGGUGAUGCCCGAGAUGACGGCCGCGGAGCUGACGACCACGUGCGUGUCGCUGGCGCACGCGCGCUACAGGCCGCCGCCCGGCUGGGCGUCGCGGUUGGCGGGUCAGCUGUACUGGACGGCCGACCAGUUCGAGGGGCGCCAGCUGGUGACAGUCGGCUGGGCUCUGGGGCGGCUGGGGAUCAGGGUGCCUGGGGAGCUGGCGGUGCGGCUGCUGGGUUACGCGGCCAUCAAGCUCGCAGCCGCGACAAACUGCAGCGGCGGGGCAGACAACGUCGAGGACGGCCAUGGGGGGCCGAGCAGCUUCGCGGCGGUGGGCGGCGACUCUGCGGCGCAGCAGGCAGCUGUCUUGGGCCGCGACGGCGGGGUGGACGGCGCAGCAGGUGGCGGCGACGGCAGAGGCGGUGGCGACGGCGGCGGCACUGCGCCGCUCGUACUGGGCGAUGGCGGCUCGGCGCCGGCGCCGCGUGAUGUUGCCCUGCUGCUGCACGCCCACACAGCGCUGCGCGUGCCGCUGGAGGCGGUGCGGGGCGGCCCCCACCUGCACUGGCGGCUGCUGCGCGGCGCGCUGCCAGCCGCAGGCCCGCAUGAGCUGACCGUGUGUGCGUGGGCGCUGGCGGCUCAGGGGUACGAGCUGCGGCGCGAGGGCGGCCUGGACCUGCUGUCGUGCCGCCUGGCGCAGCUGGCACCGACCAUGGGUCCCCAGGCUCUUGCGGUCAGCGCCUGGGCCCUGGCCAAGCUCGCGGAUGGCGGCGGCGGCGGCACAAGGGGCGGCGCGCGGGCUUGGCAGCAGGAUAGGCCGCGCUCUCUUGGUGGCAGCGAUGAGAGCGGCGGCCGCUCGGGCUGGGACGCAAGCGGGGGCGCGGGGGGUGGCUCGGGCAGGCGGUGUGCAGCGGGCGCCGCUGCCGACGCAUGGGUUGCGCCGGUGGUGGCGCGCUCUGUGUUGAUGAUGGGCGCGUUUGGUGAGCGCGAGCUGUGCGCGCUGCUGACAGCCCUCAAUCUCGCGGCCGUGGCCCCGCCGCCAGAAUGGGCGGCGGCUGCAGGCGGGCGCCUGCGCGCUCUCGCGCCUAGGCUGGGUGGCCCUGGGGUGGUCAAGGCGCUGGACGCGCUGCACGGCCUGGGGGUGGUGCCCAGCGGGCCCCUCCUGGCCAUGCUGGCGGCGCGCGUGGAGGCACUGGAGGCGGCGCGCGGCCUGUCCCCGGCGAGCAUUGCCCACUGCCAGCGCCACCUGGCGGCACUGAACGCUCGCAAAGAUGCGGCGUUGAGGCGCGUGCGUGGGUCUGCGGCAGGGUUGGAUUGA